UUGACGUUGUUAAUGUUUGAUUCCUCUCGAUUUUUGAGAACGUUUUCUUUUUCUAAUUUUACUAUUAGAAUAUGAUGGUGAAUUUACUUAUUUAUAUUGGAAGAUUUUGAAAUUUUCCUGUGAAUAAUAGAACCCACAAUGGAAGCGCCUUCUAUGGAUACUGUUUACCAGGCCAUUAGUGCCUUGUAUGAUAACCCCAACCCAAAUGAAAAAGAAAAGGCCUCGAAGUGGUUAGGAGAAGUACAAAAAUCUAUUCACUCAUGGAACGUAGCGGAUCAGCUUCUGCAAGAAAAGAGAGAUGUACAAUCAUGUUAUUUCGCAGCUCAAACGAUGAGGUCGAAAGUGCAGCAUAAUCUAUCGGAGUUGCCUCAGGACGCCAUUAUUUCACUUCGCGACUCUCUCGUGGCUCAUCUGGAAGUAAUCUCUCCUGAUACGAGCCCUGCUAUCCUCACCCAGCUGUCUUUGGCCCUCGCCGACCUGGCGCUCCAGAUGACUACGUGGAGUAACUGUGUCGGUGACUUGAUCAAAUUGUUCUCAACUAAAAAUGAAUUUGCCCUAUUAGAAGUACUUACAAUGUUACCUCAAGAAAUCGACUCGUCAAGCUUAAAACUCGGCGAAAACCGUCGGGAGGAAAUCAAAACUGAACUUAGAGCUAAUUCUCAAAUGGUGACAUUUUUUCUUAAGGAGUCUUUAAAUAAUUCUCAAAAUACUCACAUAGCUCUAAAGAUUGUUAAAUGUAUGACUUCGUGGAUCCAAGUUAAGGCGAUGAGUAUACAGGAGGUGCCACAGAAUGCUGUUAUAGGGUUCAGUUUACAAGUAUUGAGAGAUCACAAUUCUAUUAAUGUACUGCAUUCUGCCGCGUCUGAUUGUGUUUGUGCAAUUCUCCAUUGUUUAGAGGACAAUAAUAAUAAUGAAGAAAUAGAAAAGUUACUGUUUGAUAGUGUUGCUUCCCUAGAGGAGAGCUACCACAUGGCUGUGGCCCAUGAAGAAGAGGAGAAGGCUUCGAACUAUGCAAGAUUGUUCACAGAGCUAGCGGAAUCGUUUCUGGAAAAGAUAAUCCUAUGUACUGCUAACGGUAAUGCACAUUUUGCAAUGAGGUCACUGGAGCUUGCUCUUGUGUGUGUCGGACAUCACGAUUAUGAUAUAGCAGAGAUCACAUUUAAUUUGUGGUACAGACUAUCAGAAGAGGUGUAUGAGAGAGACUACCAACCUCUCACAGAUGUUUUCAAGCCACAUAUAGAGAGGCUAAUAGAGGCGUUGGCUCGGCACUGUCAGUGUGAGCCGGAUCACACAACACUACCCGAUGAGGGAGAUGAAUUCUAUGAAUUCCGCAUGAAAGUAAUGGAACUGAUAAAGGAUGUGGUGUUCAUUGUGGGCUCGAGUUCAGUGUUCCGACAGAUGUUUGCGGUGCUACAAGCCGACCUGCCUUGGGAACAGACAGAGGCUGCGCUGUUCAUUAUGCAGUCCGUCGCUAAGAAUAUAUUGCCUGAAGAAUAUGAAUAUGUGCCAAAAGUAGUAGAAGCUAUAUUAUCGAUGCCAGAAAACACUCACCCGGCGGUGAGGAAGACGUGCAUCCUUCUACUGGGCGAGUUGUGUGAGUGGAUUGAAAGGCAUCCUGAAUGUCUGGAGCCAUGCCUACAGAGCCUCAUUAAUGCUUUACAGGAUCAGAAUCUUGCUAACGCCGCGGCUAUGGCCUUACAGAACAUCUGCGCGGCGUGCCGCACGGCGGCGGCCGCGCACUCGGCGGCGCUGCUGCGCGCCGCGCGCCGCGCCGACGAGCUGCCGCUGGCGCCGCGCGCCGCCGCCGCGCUGCUGCGCGCGCUGGCCGCCGCGCUGGGCCGCCUGCCGCCCGCGCAGCUGGCGCUGGCCAUGCGCGAGGCGGCCGAGCUGCAGCUGGCGGGCCUGCGCGCGCUGCUGCAGCCCGCCGCGCCGCCGCCGCGCCGGGGCACGCGCUCCGACCCGGCGCUGUGGCUCGACCGCCUGGCCGCGCUCUUCAGGGACGUGGACGCGCCGCCCGUCGACCCGCACCCCUGCCUGCCGGCCUUCCGGGACGCCUGGCCCGUGGUGCGGGACAUUAUGACCAAGUACGUGCGCGAGGCGCGCGUGAUGGAGCGCGCGUGCCGCAGCGUGCGCUUCAUGGUGCGCAGCGCCGGGCGCCGCGCCGCGCCGCUGCUGCCCGAGCUGGGCGCGGCGCUGGCGGCGCUGUACGGCGCGCGGCCGCACUCGGCGCUGCUGUACCUGGCCGCCGUGCUGGCCGACGCGCUGGCCGACCCCGCCGAGCCGGGCGCGGCGCCGGCGCUGGCGCUGCUGCUGCGCCAGCUGCUGCCGCCGGCGCUGGCGCUGCUGCGCGCCGCGCCGCGCGAGCAGCCCGACACGGUGGACGACCUGUUCCGCCUGUGCGUGCGCUACCUGCAGCGCUGCCCGGCCGCGCUGCUGGCGGACGGCGCGCUGCCGGCGCUGCUGCAGCUGGCGGCGCGCGCGGCGCAGCUGGACCACCGCGACGCCAACUGCUCGCUCAUGAAGUUCCUGCACGACCUGGCGCGCCUGGCCAACUCCACGCGCGACGCAGAUAGCCAGAUUAAAGAACACGUCAGUGCGACACUAAUACAGUACGGAGAGACACUCACAUUCGCCCUUCUAGAAGCCUCCGUUCUACAUUUGCAUUCCUACAUGCUGUCCGAGGUGGCAGAAGUAAUGCUGGAGCUGACGGCGUUGUCGAAGCGAACUGGUGUCGAUUGGUUGGCGGCCGCUUUACAACGCCUCGGACGCAAUCCACCAGCCGCGACUGACCAGCAGUGCUGGCAGUUCCACCAGUGUGCUAUGAGGGCAGAAAAAUGCAAGGAAAUGACGCGGCUACUUCGAGAAUUCGCCCGUCUCUAUCGAUAGACCAGGGAUUCCUUCGAGAGCACCGUG